AUGACGGAAGAAGAAAUAAAGGGUUGGGUAAACAAACGAAAAUUUCUAAAAGGUCGAAUCACAAACUUAGAAAAUUCUGUGGAAAAUAUUGAUGCAAUAAACAGCAUUUCAGAUUUAGAAUUAGUUUUGGAUAGACUCAAUGAUUUCUUUAAAAAGUUUGAAGAUAUUGAAAUAAAUUUGGAAUCUGUUGAUGAGGCUAAAUACAAGGUCGAAAAUUUGUCCAUUGAAACUAGGUAUUAUGACUUGUCGAAGAAAAUACGUAGAGCCAUGGAAAAAUUAAAGGAUAGGCGACGUACUGCUAGCCUCAAUGACAGCUUUAGUAGGUCAGAUAAUCAAGCCUUAUCAUUACCCAAAAUAAAUUUGCCAACGUUUUCUGGAGAAUACACCGGGUGGUUAAAUUUUAAGGAUCUAUUCACAAACUUGAUUCAUAAUAAUUCUGAACUGCCAAACAUUAGAAAAUUUUAUUAUUUGAAAGGUGCUGUUAAGGGUGAUGCAGCUAAACUAAUAGCAAGCAUCGAAUGUUCGGAUGCUAAUUAUUCAAAAGCUUGGGAUACUAUGGUUAAGCGAUUUGAUAACAAGGUGCUUAUCGCGAAUAGUCAUUUAAAAGGCAUAUUCGAUUUGCAAAAGGUGAAUAAAACGUCAGGCAUUGGAUUGCGUGCUUUUGUAAAUGAUUUUACACAGCAUUACAAUGCAUUAAAGUCUCUGGAGUUGUCUAGCCUUUUUGACGUAUUUUUGGUGUAUUUGUUGUCCCAAAAACUUGACUUUGAAUCUCAUCGUGAACUUGAAUUGAAAAGAAAACAUGAUGAAUUUCCUACUAUUGAUUCAUUUAUCGAAUUUUUGAAUCAACGUUGUCAAGCAUGGGAAAUAUUAUCACAGGAUUAUUCACCAAAAUUACAUAAUGCAUCUAAACAUGAAAAGAAAAGUAUUUCUUGUACUACCAUAGAACCUCAAAGCAACUCGAAUUUAAACCGUUGCCCAUAUUGCUCACGACCACAUUCUUUGGUGAAAUGCUACAAAUAUUUAAAGCUGGACGUGAAGCGUCGGCGACAAUUUGUUAAAAGCAAACAAUUAUGUUUCAACUGUUUGAACAGCAAUCACCAAACGGAAAAAUGUUCCCAAAGUGUCUGUAAACGUUGUCUUCAAAAUCAUCAUUGGUCACUGCAUGGUGUACCGAAUCAACUUAAUGAGCGAAAAGAAUCUCAGGGUCAAGUAGAUACUUCUUCGGAUGUAUUGUCUAAAAAUACGAUCAGUCGUACUGAACCGCAAGAAGGUAUUGCAUCAUGCUCUUCGCUUUCGUUUAUUAGCAAAGUUAAUAACUAUCAGCAACAUACAAUAUUGCUUUCUACUGCAAUAGUAAACGUUGUUGCCGAUAAUGGUAGCAAAUUAGCAUGUCGCGCUUUACUCGAUAGCGCGAGUGAGCGUAAUUUUGUGUCUGCUAUAGUUUUGAAAAAAUUGGAUAUUCCAGUAAGGCACACAAAUUGGUUGGUUAUGGGUGUAGGAGGUAGUAAUACUCCUGUUAAUUCUGUUGUUUCUUUGAACAUAGAAUCUAGAACCACCAACUUUCAAUUUAAAGCAGAAUUUGGUGUUUUGGAAAAUAUUACGGAUAAUUUGCCGAAACGUAGCUUCAAAAAGCAGCUUAUUAAGUGGCCAUCUUUUAUUAAUUUGGCCGAUCCAAACUUUAAUUUGUCUGGGCCUAUAGAUAUGUUAAUCGGUACCAGCUUAUUUUACAAACUUUUGAAAAAAGGUAAAAUUGAUUUGGGCCAAAAUAGCCCUACUUUACAAAAUACUAGCCUUGGUUGGAUUCUAGGCGGUAAUAUAAAUCUACAGAAAGAAUUCAAUUCUGUAAAUGAAAACACUUUCACUUCAUUGGUGACUACUACAAAUAAUAUAAAUGAAAUAAUGACCGGUUUUUGGAAGCUGGAAGAAUAUUCCUCAAAGCCAAUACGUUCGGCUGAGGAAAAACUUUGUGAAAAAUUAUUUCUUGAAUCUGUAUCUCGUGAUUCAGAUGGUAGAUACGAAGUAGAUUUACCUAUUUUUAUGGAUAGAAUUAACACUUUGGGUGAUUCUUAUAAUUUUGCCUAUCGUUGCUUCUUGUCAUUAGAGAGAAAGUUCGCCAAAAACCCUGAGUUUUUCGAAAAAUAUAAAACUUUUAUAAAUGAAUUUUUGUCUCUUGGGCAUGGAACGGAAAUUAAGCGUUUUCCGGAACAUUUAUCUGACAAACAUGAAUACUACAUGCCGCAUCAUGCUGUCUUGAAAGAUAGCAGCUCAACCACGAAACUGCGUGUAGUUUUCAACGCGUCUGCUCCUUCAUCAACAGGUGUAAGCCUAAAUGAUAUCAUGUUAGUUGGACCCGUGGUUCAGUCUGACUUACUAACCGUUCUUAUACGAUUUCGUUGUUUUAUCGUUGCGAUUAUAUCAGACAUAGCUAUGAUGUAUAGGCAAAUAAAGGUAAAAGAUAAUUUUCAGAGCCUUCAACGUAUAUUAUGGCGAGAUUCCCCGGAAGAAAAUAUCCGAUGUUUACAACUGAGUAGAGUUACAUACGGCACUGCGUCUGCCAGUUUCUUAGCAACAAGAUGCCUCUUAAAAUUAGUUGAAGAUGAAGGAAGUUCUUUCCCUCUGGCAUCUCGGGCUAUUGAGCUAAAUUCAUAUGUUGAUGACAUUUUAACGGGUGCUGAGGACUUCGAUAAAGCCUUUCGGUUACAAGACGAACUGAUUUCGUUAUUAGGAAAAGGACAAUUCAAGCUCCAUAAGUGGUACUCGAAUUAUGAAAAUGUGCUUAACAGAAUUCCGGAAGAGAACCGUGAAAAGUGUUCAUUCCAAUUUUCUGAUGGAUGUUCGUCAAUCAAGACUCUCGGAUUGGUUUGGAACCCUGGUAUUGACGCGUUUCAAAUAUUGGUACCGGAUGAUUUAAGGGAAUCAAAGGUCACAAAGCGUGAAAUCUUAUCAAGUAUAGCCAAACUAUUCGAUCCUCUCGGAUUAAUGGCUCCAGCUUGUGUAUCCGCCAAAAUUAUAAUGCAAAUGAUUUGGCGUUCAAAAGUGGAAUGGGACGAUAAAGUUCCAAAUGAUAUUCUUGAAUUGUGGAUCCCUCUUAAGGGUAAAUUAUUCGAACUACGGAAACUCACUAUUCCUCGUUUAAUUUUGAUUUCACAUGCAGUCAAGUUUGAACUACAUGGUUUUAGUGAUAGCUCUACCAAAGCCUACGGUUGCGCUAUUUACUUGAAAUCUGUGGACAGUAACGGGUACUCUCUCGUGAGAUUGAUUUGUGCAAAGUCUCGCGUAGCUCCGAUUAAACCUAUUUCACUGCCACGACUUGAGCUGUGCGCGUGCGUACUUUCAGCUCGAUUCAUGAAAACUGUUCGUCAAGCAUUAACUGUUAAAAUAGAGCAGGCAUACUUUUGGACUGAUUCUAUGAUUGCUUUGGCAUGGAUUCGUUCAGAAGCUUCUCGUUGGAAUGUGUUCGUAGCCAACAGAGUCUCGGAAAUCCAAGAGUUAUGUCCAGGGGAUCAUUGGAAUCACGUUAUUUCAUCCGAAAAUCCUGCUGAUGUUGUUUCUAGGGGCAUAGAUCCUAGUUUGUUAGGUGCCCACGAACUUUGGUGGAAUGGACCUACGUGGUUGGCAUUAGAUAAAAAAUUUUGGCCCACUGGUGGAAAUAUAAAUGAUAUUCCGGACCCGCCAGAGGCGAAACCAAAAGCAUGCUCAUCUCACAUCAGUCAAUGCAAAGACAAUGACUUUUUGAUGUGGUUUGAAACAUUCUCUUGUUUCUAUCGUCUACAAAGAAGUUUUGCGUACGUUUUACGUUUUUGUUUUAAUGCAAAACUCGUCAAUAAAGGUUGUAGGCGAUCUGAAUUUCUUAAAGUUUCGGAAUUAACCGAAUCUUUUAACGGUAUUUUUAGAAUCGUUCAACAAGAAUAUUUCUCGAAUGAAAUAAUGUUGUUCAAUAAAGUAAAAGACGAUCCUAAUUAUGUACCUAAUUUAAAAUCAAGUAAAUUAAAAUUUUUAAAUCCCUUUAUUGAUAAAGAGGGUAUUUUAAGGGUAGGUGGUAGAUUAAACUACUGCUCCAUUAUUAAUACAAGCCAAAAGUUUCCUAUGAUUAUUCCGCCUAAUAGUCACAUUACUAAGCUGUUAAUAGUCUGGGAGCAUGAAAAAUUGUUGCAUGCAGGUGCUCAAUUGACAUUGGCGUCACUUCGAAAUAGAGUGUGGUUAAUAAAUGGGCGUAGUGUAGUGCGGCAAGUCAUACAUAAAUGUGUUCGAUGCUUUCGAUUCGCAGCAUCUUCCUCUACUCAAAUUAUGGCUGAUCUUCCUUCAGUACGUGUAUCUCCGGUACGACCGUUUUUACAUGUAGGACUCGAUUAUGGAGGACCUAUAGCGGUCAAGCAGAGUCGCGUUAGGAAACCGUUAAUAACGAAAGGUUACAUAUGUUUGUUUGUGUGCAUGGUAACUAAGGCUUUACAUUUAGAGCUAGUUUCUGAUAUGUCUACUAAAACUUUUUUAAAUGCUUUGAAGAGAUUCAUUGCAAGAAGAGGUAGAUGUCAAAAAAUAUUUAGUGACAAUGGGACAAAUUUUCGUGGAGCAAAUAACGAGCUCAAUGAAUUAUAUAGAUUGUUUAAUGAAAAGGCAAGUGUCUCAACCAUUCAUGAAACUAUGUUAAAGGAGGGAGUGGACUGGAACUUUAUACCACCCUUCUCCCCAAACUGGGGGGGUUUAUGGGAAUCGGGCAUUAGGAUGGUCAAAUUUCACUUAAAACGGCUAGUUGGUAAAACUAAUCUUACCUACGAAGAAUUAAAUACAAUCCUGUGUGAAAUUGAAGGUAUUAUAAAUUCCAGACCACUCUGUCCACUGUCAAGUGAUCCUAGCAAUUUUGCUUGUUUAACCCCAGGACACUUUUUAAUAAAUGAUUCCUUCAUCUCCUUACCAGAAAAUGAUGUUUCUGAUACCCCAAUCGAUAAAUUAACGUUUUGGAAUCAGAUCAUCCAUAUAAAGCAAACAUUCUGGAAGAGAUGGGGUAGUGAAUACCUAAAUACUCUACAACAGAGGUCCAAGUGGCUCCAGAAGACCCCAAAUAUAAAAGAGGACACUUUGGUAUUAAUUAAGGACGAUAAUGCUCCUCCAUCACACUGGCCUUUAGCUAAAGUAAUGGAGGUUAUAAAAAGUCGUGACGGGCUUGUUCGCUCCAUACGGCUUAAAACUAAAGACGGCAAUUCAUAUGUUCGUCCAAUUACAAAGGUGUGUCCUCUUCCUGUGGAUUGA